CCUUAUUUCGUUUUCCAUAUAGAGGCGGCCCUGAAUUUACGGUAUAAGUUCAAUUACAUUUCUUCUUCUAGACAAGUGAGUAACACAAACACCUAGCUAGCAGCAAGUGAUCAAAUAUAAUGUCUUACAUUCCGCCACACAAGAGGCAAACAAAGGGCUCGCCAUCGCUUGAACCAACUCCAGCACCGGAGUCUCUCAUCAGAUCUGCUUUCAACAAGAGAAAGGAUAACAAAUCUCGCACUCGGAGUAUCGGUUACACUGAUCAUACUAUCUUAAAAUGGUUCUCUGUUGGCUUAGCUGAUGAAUUGAGAUUUUCAUCUCUUGUCAGUUUCCAACCUCUUUCACUAGAAUCCUUUGAGACAAAAGCAGGCCUACAGCCUCUCUCUUUGGUUCCAACUCAUCAAGGUUGCAGUGAAGGAAUAAAGAAUGAGCUUAUAGAAACACCAUGGAUUUUGAUUGCUGCAAAUGUGAAGAAGGAUUUGCUUUUGUCAUUUCAACAUAUGAAGCGUGAGAUGGAGGAAGCUGAUAUGGCACAAGUAAAGCCGUCUAUAGUUGCUCGUUUUGGAAAAGUUCUCUUUUAUGGGACUUCUUCAAUUGGUAAAGAUAGCCUAAAACUAAACUCAUUGACUGAAACUGCUUUGAGAAAAAUGAAAAGAUCUUUCCAUACGGAUGUUCCUCCUUCAUAUAUGGACUAUGUAGAAAAUCGAGUAGUGGAGAAUCUCGGACUAGAAUAUGUGCAAGGGAAAGAGCUGUACUAUGUUAAGCUUUCCGAUAACUUGAGGACAGAAUCAACUGUUUCCUGCAAAUGUACUGUGGCAAAAGAUCAUAAUAAGAUUCAGCUCUAUAAGAUUGAGUUGAACCGAGUACGCCACAUGGUUGCAGACAUGAGCAUUCUUGGAAAGAGCUCAGACCUCAGAUUGUUUGUAUAUACCAAGAAAAUCAAGAUGGCUUUAUAUGAUGAGGAGAUUAAUGAAAUUAAGGAUCUUAUUGGUUCUGCCAUUUUGGACUCAGAAUUACCGGGUGGUUUAAGAUGGCCUUUAAACAAGCGCCAUUCUUCAGGGGGUCGAUAUGUUGUUAAUGCUAUUGGUCACACAACUGCAAAAUCAUAUAUGAAUUCAUCAAUUAGGUUUAAGUUUCGACAUGCAAAUCGAUCUAAAUUCAAAUCUUCAACUGGUGAGGUUACACAUGAGAUUUUCCUGAAAUUGCCUGGAAUUAUAUCAGAGUUACAUAAGCAAACAAUGGAUGAAGAUCUGGUGUUUGAAAUGCUGAAAAACAACUUGAAGUUAAUUUGGGAUCUUUGUCUGUUAGAUGGCUCGAACUCACAGUCUUAGAGUUGGAAGUGAGGGGUGCUUACUGCUUACCAUCCAAGCAGCUCCCUCUUGUCUGUAAUUAGCUUUGUUGUUAAGCUGCAAUGAAUAGAACAUCUUACUUGAGCUGUCACAUUUCGUUUUACAUAUGAUGUUCGGCACUAAUAACUCAUUGAACAGUUAACAACCCAAGUUGCUUAGACUCUUCAAAAA